AUGCAGCCACCUCAUGGCUUCGAUGUUGUUGCUACUGCGCAGUCCAAGUCGUAUGGGCCGGUCAGUGUCAUCGCCGUCGUGGUGGACGCUCUCAGGCCGGCUCCAACGGCCGGCGCGUCCUACAUGUGUACCUUUACGGUCAAGGACAGCGAUCUUGCCUCUGAGCCAUGGAGAGGACUCAAGGUGAAAUACUUCCAUGAGCGCCAGGAACAUCUCCCGGCACCAGAAGAAGGGGAUGUGAUUCUGCUGCGGAACAUCAAGCCUAGUAUUGUCAGAGGAGCCCGUAUGUGUGUGUCUUCGCAUGUUGACAACGUCUGCUGGAGUCUGUGGAGGAGACAGGGCCGGUCAGCCGUGUAUCUGGUCAAGAACAAGCCUGGUACCUCUGGUCCCACUGCAGAGGAGAAAAAAUAUGCGUUGUGGUUGCUCAACAGCGGCUCUACGCAAGGUACUUCUCGGAGCCAGCAGAGCGAGGCUUCAAUUCCUCGAAGGCAGCAUACUCUAAGCCAUGAGGCGACGACAGGUCUUCCGAGCCGCAAGUUUUGCCUGCUCAAGGAUGCUGCGUUUUCCUCCUUUGUUGAUAUUACUGGCCAGGUGGUUAAAACGUUCAUGGAAAAUGAUAAAUUCCUGCUCUACGUCACCGACUACACCUCCAACAAAAACCUGUUCAAUUAUACCCUUCCCACCAAAAGAGAUGAUGACCACGAGUAUCGCUACAUAAAUGCCCAGGGAAGUAGACAAUGGCCUGGGCCGUUUGGCACGAUGACCAUCCAGGUCACCCUCUGGGAUCCUCACGCUAGCUUUGCUCGGGAAAAAGUCAAGGUGGAUGACUAUGUCUCGCUGUGCAAUGUCCAUCUCAAAAUGGACAGGUAUUCCGGUCGGAUGGAAGGGGCUCUUCAUACUGAUAAGACUUACCCUAACAAGGUCCAGGUAUAUGUCAUCAACGACCACGACACUGAUGCCCAUGUCAGAGAGCUAGUGGAACGGAAACAAGCCUAUUGGCGAAAGUUACGCACAGAACUCCCCAGUGCAUUGGGAGAGGAGGAAGAUAGUACACAAAAGCUGCCCAAGGAGAGGAAGAAACGGAGUACACCGGAAACUAAACAGAAAAAAGAGAAGGAAAAAAGAAGGACGGAGAAGCAUUUAGAUCAGCCAGAACUCUCCCGUCCGGUUCGUACUACAAGAGAUGAGCUUAACCCUCAUAUACGAGCAUCAUACACAGCCAAGCCUUGCCGACUGAUCAGAGACAUCUUAGAUCCCGAUACUCAUACAUUCAGGGGUCCUGACGGUGUCGAAUUUCAGCUACCUUUCCAAAACGUUUGUUACCGCUCAUCCGUCCGUGUGGUCGACUUCUUUCCACACAGCUUAGAGGAUUUUUCCGUCUUGUAUAACUUAGACAACGCAAUACGUUCCCCAGACGGAGGAGACACAUCCGACGAUGAUGACCCUGAUGCUCGCCGGAAAUGGGAAUGGCGAUUUUGUUUCCUUGUUGAAGACGGUGGUCCAAACACCCCGCCUCUCCCACGGGGGCAAACGCGAGAACGAAUGCCGCUCUUUGUUUCUGGUUCUGAUGCAGAGUUCCUUCUUAGGAUGGACGCCGUGAAUUUACAUAACAACCCGGAGAUGCUAGCCCGACUUCGGGAAAAGUUAUUCCUUCUCUGGGGUGAUCUGGAGGAACGAAAGAGUGCAGACAUAGAUGCAUUCUAUGCGGGACGGACAGAUGCUGUCUCUGCAAAGCCGUUCAUCUGCUGCAUUAAGGAAUAUGGUGUCAAGACUAGAAAUCGAGAAGCGUUUGCAGAUAGUGACAAGGAAUGGAACCCUCGUUCUUUAGGAUGGGAACGACGUUUUCAAAUGUUUCACACUACUAUAUUGUGA